AUGCCUCGCCCGCUGCUGCUCGCCGCGCUCUGCCUGCUCGCCGCGGCCCGGGGCUGCCAGCUGCCGUCCGAGUGGAGACCGCUGAGCGAGGGCUGCCGCGCCGAGCUGGCGGAGAUCAUCGUGUACGCCAAGGUGCUGGCGCUGCACCCCGAGGACCACGGCCUCGCCAACUCCCUGCCCUGGCAGCUCGGGGCCAGCCAGGCCGGCCUCCUCUACGCGGCCGAGGUGGAGCUGCUGUGCGACCAGGCGUGGGGCAGCAUGCUCGAGGUGCCCGCCGGCUCCCGCCUCAACCUCACGGGCCUCGGCUACUUCUCGUGCCACUCGCACACCGUGGUGCCCGACGCCGCCUACUUCUUCUUCCUCAGGAUGGAUGAAAAUUAUAACCUCUUGCCUCACGGUGUCAAUUUCCAAGAUGCCAUUUUCCCCGACACUCAAGAGAACAGAAGGAUGUUUUCCAGCCUUUUCCAGUUCUCCAACUGUUCCCAAGGACAGCAGCUGGUACCCUUCUCCAGUGACUGGGAGAUCCAGGAGGACAACAGGCUCCUGUGCGCGUCGGUGCAGAAGGCCCUGCUGGACGAGGAGGAGCACGUGAGGACACUGCAGCGCCAGGUGGCAGCGCUGGAGGAGCGCAACCGGCAGCUGCGCGAGCGUGUGCACAGGGUGAAACGCGCGCUGCGCCGGGCCCGCAAGCACGGCCGCCACGCGGCGCUGCUGAGCCAGAAGCUGCGGGAGAAGCUGGAGGCCGCGCGCGCCCCCUACCUGCGGGGCUAGG